AAAGAAUUGAAGAAGAUAAAAGAAAAGUAAGGUGAAAGAAACAGCAUUCCUGGAACAUUGUGGAUGACUUGAGAGAAAAUACAAUGAGUAGAUUUGAGGGAAUUUGGAAAAAGAAGGAAAAAAUAGCAUGCCCAUGGUAUGCUGUUAUGCUAAUUGAUUUCACUUUCCUCAUUUUAAAUUUGCAGCAAAUGGAUCGAAAGGAAUGCGUAGCAAGCCAGCAUACUUGGAUAACUGGAUGCUCAACAACUCUCUCUUGGCCGAUGGCGAGUCAGCGUUUCAAGUUACCUUCGAGUGGACUGAAGAUUUCGGAAUUCCGGGAGCAUUCAAUAUCCAGAACAAUCAUCCCAGUGAGUUCUUCCUCAAAACCCUAACCCUUGAAGAUGUUCCCAAUCAUGGCCAAGUCCACUUCAUAUGUUAUUCCUGGGUUUAUCAAUCCAGCAAGUACAACUACGACCGCGUCUUCUUUGCAAACCAGGCGUAUCUACCUAGCCAAACGCCUGCAUCGUUGCAGAAAUAUAGAGAUGAAGAAUUAGUGAACUUGAGAGGAACAGGAACUGGCGAGCUUAAAGAAUGGGAUAGAGUGUAUGACUAUGCUUACUACAAUGAUCUUGGUGAGCCAGACAAGGGUCCAGAAUAUGCUCGGCCAGUCCUGGGUGGGAAUUCGGAGUAUCCUUAUCCUCGACGAGGAAGGACGGGCAGAUCACCAACAAAAACGGAUCCUAAUACUGAGAGUAGGAUUCCCCUUAUUUCGAGCUUGGAUAUUUAUGUUCCCAGGGAUGAGAAAUUCGGACAUGUGAAAUUGGCUUACUUUCUUCCUUAUGCUUUGAAAUCUCUGGUCCAAUUCCUUCUCCCCGAGUUUCAGUCUCUGAUUGAUUCUACACCAAAUGAGUUUGAUACGUUUCAAGAUGUACUUGACCUGUAUGAAGGAGGGAUUAGACUGCCGCAAGGGAACUUGCUCAAAGCCCUCACAGAUAACAUUCCCAUUGAGAUUCUGAAAGAAAUUCUCCGUAGUGAUGGGGAGGGACUCUUUAAGUUCCCAACCCCACAAGUUAUCGAAGAGGAUAAAACUGCAUGGAGGACGAAUGAAGAAUUUGGAAGAGAAAUGCUUGCUGGAGUGAACCCUGUCAUCAUUAGUCGCCUCCAAGUGCAGGAGUUCCCACCAAAAAGCAAACUAGAUCCUAAUGUUUAUGGUGACCAGACCAGUAAAUUUACCAAAGAGCAAAUCCAAGACAACUUAGAUGGUCUUUCAGUUGAGGAGGCAAUCAAGACUAACCGGUUAUUCAUAUUGAAUCACCAUGACACGAUUAUGCCAUAUUUGAGGUGCAUAAACGCAACAAAUAACAAAAUAUAUGCCUCAAGAACCUUGCUUUUCUUACAAAAAGAUGACACUUUAAAACCUCUAGCAAUUGAACUUAGCCUGCCGAAUCCACUCGGAGAUGAAUUUGGUGCUGAAAGCAAAGUGUACACACCAGCUGAACAAGGGGUUAAAAAUGGAUUAUGGCAAUUAGCUAAAGCUUAUGCAGCUGUGAAUGAUUCAGGUGUUCAUCAGCUACUCAGCCAUUGGUUGAACACACAUGGAGUAAUUGAGCCAUUUGUAAUAGCAACUAAUCGGCAAUUGAGUGUGCUUCACCCAAUACAUAAGCUUCUACAUCCCCAUUUUCGUGACACAAUGACUAUCAACGCUUUGGCUCGCCAGAUCUUGAUUAAUGCUGGUGGAGUUCUUGAGAAGACAGUUUUCCCUGGAAGAUAUGCCAUGGAAUUGUCAGCCGUAGUUUACAAGGAUUGGGUAUUUACUGAUCAAGCACUCUCAACUGAUCUUGUUAAGAGAGGUGUGGCUGUUGAAGACUCAAGUUCCCGACAUGGUGUUCAGCUGCUAAUCGAGGACUACCCAUAUGCUGUUGAUGGGCUAGAAAUAUGGUCAUCUAUCAAGACAUGGGUCAACGAGUAUUGCAUGUUGUAUUACAAAUCAGAUGACAUGGUUCAGAAAGAUACUGAACUACAGGCUUGGUGGAAGGAACUUAGAGAGGAAGGACAUGGUGAUUUGAAAGACAAGCCAUGGUGGCCUAACAUGCAGACAGUCCAGGAGCUGAUCGACUCAUGUACCAUUAUUAUCUGGAUAGCCUCUGCCCUUCACGCCGCAGUUAACUUCAGUCAAUAUCCUUAUGCUGGUUAUCUCCUGAACCGCCCAACAUUGAGCCGCAGAUUCAUGCCGGAGCCUGGAACAGAUGACUAUAAGGAGCUUGAAGCUGACCCAGAUAAGGUUUUCCUAAAAACAAUCACUCCCCAGCUGCAGACAUUGCUCGGUGUUUCCCUUAUUGAGAUCCUGUCAAUUCACGCUUCAGAUGAAUUGUACCUAGGGCAGAGAGAGUCCCCUGAGUGGACAAAGGAUCAGGAAGCACUUGAUGCAUUUGCACGAUUCCGAAAUAAGUUGGGUGUUAUUGAAGAUAGCAUUAUGAAAAUGAACAUGGAUGUAAAGCUGAGGAACAGGACAGGACCUGUGAAAGUGCCGUAUACCUUACUCUUCCCUACAAGUGAAGUCGGUCUCACCGGCAGAGGCAUUCCAAACAGUGUCUCAAUUUAGAUGGAGCUUCCGAAUUCUGUAUGCAGGAUUACAUUUGGAUUGUUGAUAUGUGUCAUUAUUUCUUCAAUAAAUUUAUCUCAGGGUGGAUUAUGCAUGUUCUUGUGUGAUCCGUUAUGGCUAAA